CUUGGCUACCAAGUACUAGUAGAGUAGCAGUAGUACCAACUAAAACAAGGCCCUUUGUCACAAGCGGCAGGUACAUAUUUACCCUUCCUAUACUGUCUGUCAGUACUCGGGAGAAACCACACACUUCCAUUUCCUCUCUCAGCAUCCACACAGCAGCUCUUAGCUGCUUCACAAAACACAGCAGCGAAGCACAACCAUGAGGAAGGAGAUCAUAAUCCGGAUGCAUGUCAAAUCCGACAAGUGCCAGGCCAAGGCCAUGAAAGUGGCAGCGGCAGUUAGCGGAGUGGAGUCCGUGUCGCUGGCCGGCGGCGACAAGAGCCUCCUGCUGGUGAUCGGCACCGGCGUGGACUCGAACAAGCUGGUGAAGAAGCUCAAGAAGAAGGUGGGCGAGGCGGAGAUCGUGGAGCUGCGGACGCACGACACCUUCGAGCCGGCGGCGCUCCCGCUCCCGGGGACCAAGCAGGAGGUGGCGGCCAUGGCGGCGGCGCGGUCGCCGUACAGCACCCCCCACCACCACCACCAGUGGCAGUACAACAGCUACGCCGCGGCGCCGGCCAGCCCGUACGCCUACCACUACCACCCGUCGCCCGUGGGCUACGGCUACGCGGCUACGGUACGGGGCCGGGGUCAGCGGCUACUCGCUGGCAGCGCGCGGAGCCACCGGCCAACUACUUGCCGCUGGUGGAGAGGCACGACUACCAGCCCAUGGACCGCAGCGUGGAAAGGCUGUAAAUUUUUGUAG